AUGGAUCUUGAAAAAGUAUUAAAAAAGUAUGAUUUUGUCCGUGCUACUGAGGAAACAUCAGAUGAAUUCAGAGACUUGCUUAAUGAAAAUCAAAGCGAUUUUGAGGAGGCAGGUAAUUUGAAAAGUCUUCAAAGAUGUUUAUCUGUCCUACAAGAGAAGCUUUGCAUCAAAGGAUACCCGGUAGAUGGAACCCCAGGCUAUGAUAUGGCAUUUACCUCCAUUGAAAUCAUUGGGGAUGUUAUGGAUGAAUGUGUGGAUAAUGAUAGAGCAAGUGAGAAAGAUUGUCAGAAAAUGCUGUUUGAAUUCCUGUUGGCAUGUAUAUGUGUCGGAUCAGGAUCCACUGUCAUGGAAAUAAUAUCAAAAGUCCUAGGAAUUCAAGACCUUAAAAACUAUAUACAGGAAAUGAAAGAGACUGAGUUGGUAAAGAUAUUCUCUGCACUGAAGAAAGUUACGCACACAUCAGAAGAGCCCAAGGUGUCCAUAGUAGACCAGGCUAGUGCCUGGGAUGACUGCGUCAGUGGAGUGAUUUUAGACCUCUUGAGUGAAAACACAAACAUUGCAACAGCAGAGUGCCAGGACCAGCUACUUGACCUGUAUAUGUUCUAUUACCUGAGGAUGACAGAUAUGCCUGUUGAAUACGCGUUGUCCCUACAUCGAGUUAUGUCCAAUAUACAAGACUUUUACAGAGAGAAAUAUGGUUGCAAUCCAUUCAAGGCUAUAAAAAAUACAGAUGGUAUCCGCAAGCACAUGGUGACAGUGCAAGGUGUGGUUUGUAAUGAAAAAUUUGGAAGAAGUGAGAAACAACUGGACAUGACACAAAAGAUCGUUGAGUUAAUUCUCUACAGCAUCAGCGAAAAGUUAAAAGACUUGGAAAGUAUUUGGGGAAGUGUUUUAGAUUUUAUGAAGACUAUGGCCUUUUCAAAGAAAUGUGCUGAACAUCCUCAAGUAUUGGAGCCUUUUGGACGGCAUCUCUUUGAUGAAUUGCCAGAAGACUAUGUAACGGAUCACCCACAACUUAUCGACGAAUGGGCGUCUGUGUUUGGGGAGAUUCUUCUGAAGGCUCCAUCAGUGAAUGCUUUACACACAUGGGCCUAUAGAAUGGCAGACACAGCACAAGGACUAGCUGUAGUGAAGAAAGAAUCAGCUGUGAUUUGGUUUCCAUUGGUGAAAGGCCUUCUCCGAUGUGGUCAUCAGCAAAGUUUAAAUGUUGCAGAAAGAAUCUUAGAAGGAGUAAAAUUCAAGAAAAUUUGGACUUGGAAGAAAAAUUACAAUCAUGCUAUGGAAAUGAUAGAAACGAUAAGCAAAGUGGACUUUCCAACCUCUGGGAAAGACUCGGAUGUCAAAUUACUGCGAGCAUAUGGAGAUAUCAUCAAAUGUCUUCUCGAACAAUUAUCACUUGUUAAAGUUGCAGAAAAAGCCAUGGGUGUUGUGUCAGUUUUUGUUAUAAACCUGAUGGAAAAGCGAUCAGAGACACUUAAUGAGUUCACAGAAGGAUUUGCGAGUAGUAUAUCAUUGCAGAAUAACCUGGAAGUUAUUCCAGACUUAAUCAAGAAAUUUUCUGCGCUUAUUAUGGAUGAAGACUACCCAUGGGACCACAGUGAUACACAGAGAUGCGGUGAAUCCAUCUUGAUAAAUAUCAUUGAUGCUUACAGCUCGGGGAUGGACAUGCCUGAUGAUGUUGUUAAGACUAUGGUCAAUAUGUUCCUGUACGCCAUGGAAACAGAUGAUCUGGACUACAUGAAUGUUGUUACCGGUUUCGUCAGUAUGCAUGGAUGUGUUGCAUCAACAUUUUUGCGUAGGUUUGUGGACAAGCAUUUGGGCACUGAGAAUGCUGACAGAGUCUUAGUACCCUUAAUGCCAGUCAUCAUGAAACAGUUAAACCACGAAGAGGACAGUCUCAAAGAAGCAUCUCGUACGAUUCUUUCAUUAGCGAGUAACCAGGCACCUGCUGCAAUCAGUCCAUAUUUACCAGCAGUGAUAAAAUGGUAUGCAGCGACUCGUGAUAUUAAAGCAUUGUCGGCACUUUGGAUGCCUUAUAAAAAGAGCGACGGAAUCUCGCAAGAGGAUUUCAAUGAACUGAUGAAGACAAUGAAAUCAGACACACAGGCAGACUCUGGAUCUAUGCAGUCUGUUAUUUUAAUGGACAUUGGAGAGAAACAACCAGAACUAUUUACCAAGGAAAGUGUCGACAUGAUGUUGAGUGAAAGAUUCAUAGACAGUACCAAUGACCAGUACAGGAUUUUGUGUGCCUUAACUUUUGUUGUUCCUAAGAAGUCAGAAAUGUUUGGAAUAAACAUUGUGGACCGUGUCUUGAGGAAUAAGGAAUUGAAUUUGACCUACACAAGUGCUCUGCAGAGCAUCGGUGUAAGCCUGGCUUCACAACAUCCGGAGUUAGUGGAUACAGUUUUGGCUGAGCUUGUGAACCUGUCAAAAAAAUGUGACAAUCCUGUUUUCCAAGUCGCUUUGAUUGACGGUAUUCAUACCGUCGGGACUCAACAGGGUCCUGAGCGACUAAAGCCACAUCGACCAUAUAUUGAAGAUUUGCAAAAAGAUGGGGCUACUGCUGGAAUCAAAGAGAUGGCCACAUCUAUCCUUAAUGCAAUGGAUGGAAUAAGUGUUGAAGGAAUAGUGGAGGAUGUAAAACAACAGAAGGGAGACAUCAAUGUGCUCAACACCAAGGUCACAGAAAAUACAGAAAAAGUUAACGUGGUGGAUAAAAAAGUGGAUAAUCAAGGAAAAGAAAUCGCAACGGUCAAAACUGGACUCCAAGCUACCGAUAAGCGUGUGGAUAACGUGGAAAAAGAUUUGGAUGAAACAAAGAUUAAGGUUGAAGAGGUUGAUAAUAAGACAAUGACCAAUGCCCCAAAAUGGUCAAGAGAUCUGACCAAGCUGAUGAAUCCAACAACAGAACAUGACUGGAGACUCCUGGCCCAGAGGUUAGGGUACACACCACAGGACAUCAAGGGCUGGGCGACCCAGCAUGAUCCCUGUAUGGGCCUCCUUAGUGAGUGGUACGCCACCCACAAGACAAUAGAGGCUACCCAUGCUGUACUGACAGCUCUACAGGAGAUGAACAGGAUGGAUGCUGCUGCCAUUGUGGAGAAUGCCAUGAAGGCUGUAGAGGGCGUUGUUGAAGAAGAGGUGGACUAUGUCACACCUCCACCUAUAUUCCUAAGUUACCAAUGGGGUCAUCAGAAUGAGGUCAAGUUAUUACGCAACCAUCUACAAAUGGCCGGGUAUGAGUGCUGGAUGGACAUUGGACAAAUGGGAGGUGGAGACAAACUGUUUGAAAAGAUUGACAACGGAAUUCGUGGUGCAAAAAUCAUCAUCUGUUGUGUUUCUGAAAAAUAUUCCAAGUCUCCCAACUGUAACAGAGAGGUGAACCUAUCCACAAACCUUGGGAAGCCCAUGAUUCCCCUCCUGAUGGAGAAAAUGAGCUGGCCACCGAAGGGCUCAAUGGGACCAAUCUUCAGCGAGUACCUGUUUGUAAGAUUCUUCCAACGUGGAGGGGAGGAGACUAAAGACCAACGGUACUGGCCAGUUCCCAAGUUCCAGGAACUGUUGAUGCAACUCAACAUGUAUCAAGCCCUGCCUGAGGAAUCUCUUAUAACCAAAGAGUACAAGAACUGGUGGAAGCCAGUGGCAGAAGAAAUUGUUAUUACCAAAAUAAAAGGAGGGGACAAAGGUCAAAGUUCAUCAGGAAAACAGCCAUCUUUAAAGGAGGGAGAAGACUCCCCGGAUGUGUUCCUGUCAUACCAGUGGGGCAAACAGAACCAGAUCAAGCAGUUGUAUAGAAGGUUGAACGAGCUUGGAUACAGCUGCUGGAUGGAUAUUUACCAGAUGGGAGGUGGGGAUUCACUCUAUGAUAAAAUUGACAGAGGUGUUCGUGGCUGCAAGGUUGUCCUGAGCUGUGUUACCACAAAAUAUACCUUGUCGGCAAAUUGUCGCCGGGAAGUGAGCCUGGCAGAUUCUCUCAAGAAGCCAAUGGUUCCUCUCCUCCUGGAGAAGAUGGACUGGCCCCCUGCUGGACCCAUGAGUAUGGUCUUCACACAGCUUCUCUUCAUCAAUUUUUACCGUGAUGAAAAAGUGCAAAUGUCUUGGGAUGGAAGCAAAUUUGAUGAACUCCAUGGUAAGAUAAAUGAAUAUCUCUCCCUGAGUGCUGGUGAUCAGCCUGCAAUCAAAGGUCCAGAAAAAGGACCCAAAGAAGAAACAAACAAAAGCCAAGCACAGGUAUCGUCUAAAGAAGUAACAAAACCAGCCCAGCAUGCACAAGAGGAACAGGUCACACCAAAGGAAGAAACCAAAACUGUUGUUAAACCAAACAAGAAGUCUUCAUCUUGCAUACUUCUUUAGUCUUACAGCUUUUAAUGCAAACUGUGCCCAUUUUUAUGCCAAAGAUUCUCUGAAGGGUAAAAGAUGGAGAGGAAAAAGGAAGGGUAUUUUUUUUUAGUUUACGCCAAAUAUUCUCUGAAGGGUAACAGGAAAAAUUAAGGGUAUUUCUUUAUCAAUCUUUGUUUUGUGACACAAAAAGAGUUUGGUUACUUAAAUAUAGAUGAACU